GACGUUGCAAGAGACCUGUAACCAUGCCAAAACAACAAAAAUUGAACCCAAAAAUAUAAUUGUCUUGCACUAACUGACCGAAAUCAGUCGCAUCGUUCAGUUAAUACAUUCACGCUUUUCUGUGUGACGGUUAGGAAUUCUGUUGGAGUAAAUGAGACAUUGUUUGGUUUGUGUAUAAGACGGAAUUUCUUAGGUUUUUUGUUCUUCAAUACUUGAGAUUGGUGCUGUUCAUUCGACUUAAGCUUUAUUUGUGUAGUUUUAGUUAAACAAUCUGCACACAAUGAACCUCAAUGUAUUAGAUAUUAUAGUCCUCGUGAUAUAUUUUGUAGCUUUAUUGUGUACUGGGAUAUAUGCAUUGUUUGCAUCCAGAAGAGGAACUGUUACUGGUUAUUUUUUAGCUGGCCGGUUUAUGACAUGGCUUCCUGUUGGUGCAUCAUUAUUUGCGAGUAACAUUGGAAGUGAACAUUUUAUUGGUUUAGCUGGAUCAGGAGCGGCAGCUGGCAUAGCAGUUGGCGCUUUUGAACUGAAUGCAUCAAUUUUACUUCAACUUCUUGGGUGGGUAUUCCUGCCUGUGUAUAUUGCAAGUGGAGUAUUUACAUUGCCUGAGUACAUGAAGAAACGAUAUGGCGGAGAAAGAAUACAUAUGUAUCUCGCUCUUUUGUCUCUCAUACUAUAUAUUUUUACAAAGAUUUCUGUCAAUUUAUAUUCAGGUUCAUUGUUUUUAACUGAAGCAUUAAAAUGGAAUACGUGGGCAUCAAUAGUUUUGCUGCUUUUCCUGACUGGUCUUAUUACUGUUACCGGUGGAUUAGCAGCUGUUCUAUAUACAGAUACACUACAAUUUUUCGUGAUGAUAAUUGGUGCUUUAAUAUUAGCGGUAAUAAGCUACGUAAAUGUUGGGGGCUUCAGUGGUGUCCUUUCUUCUUAUGGUCAUGCUAUAGCCCCGAUAAAUAUCUCAUCAAGUACAGAUUCAGAUAUAAUAAUCAGUUUGGCGAAUGUUCUUAACACAACAAAUUAUACUUCACUAACUCAAUUGGCAAAUUCACCAGAUGUCCCUUCUAGUUUGAGAUGUAGUCUACCACCUGAAAAUGCAUUUGUAUUAUUACGUGGAAUUGAUGAUCCUGAUAUGCCAUGGCUUGGGUUUUUACUUGGUCAAACACCUGCAUCUAUAUGGUAUUGGUGUACUGAUCAGAUGAUGGUACAACGUGUUUUAGCUGCAAAAAGUUUAUCACAUGCUCAAGGUGCUACAUUAAUGGCUGGUCUUAUUAAACAGUUACCUUUAUUUUUAAUUGUAAUACCUGGAAUGAUAAGUCGAAUAUUGUUUCCAGAUGUGAUUGGUUGUAAACCUGGACCAGAUUGUUAUCGAAUAUGUGGACAAAAAAGUGGAUGUUCAAAUUUAGCCUAUCCGAAACUUGUAAUUAAUAUUAUGCCAUCAGGUCUUAGAGGCCUUAUGUUGGCCGUGAUGUUAGCUGCAUUAAUUUCUGAUCUAACUUCGAUUUUCAAUUCUGCUAGUACGUUGUUUACAGUUGACGUUUAUUUGAAAAUUAGGAAAAAAGCAAAGAAUAUGGAGAUAAUGAUUGUUAGUCGAAUAUUUAUAAUUAUAUUAAUAUUAUUGAGUAUUGCAUGGAUUCCUGUAAUUCAAGAAUUACAAGGCAGUCAAUUAUUUAUUUAUAUUCAAGCUAUUUCAGCUUAUCUUGCUCCACCUGUAGCUUCAGUUUAUUUAUGCGCUGUUUUAAUUAAACGAACUACAGAAAAGGGAGCAUUUUAUGGAUUAAUGUAUGGUUUAAUUAUUGGUUUAAUACGAUUAAUAUUAACUAUUAUAUAUCAUGAACCAAUAUGUGGUGAAUAUGAUCAUAGACCAUGGUUUAUUAAAAAUAUACAUUAUAUGUAUUUUGCAUUAUUUUCAUUUAUAACAUGUGGUAUUAUUGUAUGUUUAUUAUCAUUAAAUGAAAAACAAUUAACUAAUGAACAAUUAUAUCAUUUAACUUAUUGGACUGCAUGGGAUAAAUCUAUUAAUCAUUCAUUAUAUAAUAAUAGCAAUUUACAUAAUCAUAUUUCAUCGAAUGAAAUCAUUCCUAAUACUAUAGACAAUGAGAAUAAUGUUAAUAUAAUUAAUAAUAUUCAUUAUUAUCAAUAUGAAAAUAAUGAAAUCAUUAAUAAAAGAGAAAUAUCAUCAACUUCUGAAUGUCAACAACAACAACAACAACAACAGCAGCAACAGCAAAAAGAAUUUGUUAAUAAUAAAACUAUAGAAGAUCAUGAUUUACCAGAUAAAAAAACAUCUCAAACUUCACCAUCAUCAUCAUCAGAUUGGUAUAAAAUGAUGAAAAAUAUAUGUUUAUGGUUCUGUGGUUGUGCUGAACAUCAUCCAUGUUCUAAUAUACAAUGUAAUCAUUGUUAUUGUUUAAAAUUAUGUCAUAAUUUCACAACUCAUAUACAUUCAAAUCAUAAGAAAAUUUAUAUUAUCACAACAAAUGAUCUUGAUAAUGAUAAGAAAUUAGAUAAUUUAACAUUAGAAAAUAAUAAUCAUUUUAAUUCAGAUGAUCAUUUAACAAAGAUUACUUCAUUAAAACAAAAUCCCAAUAUAAAAUUAAGUUUAUAUAUUGGUUUAUUAUUCAUUAUUAUUUUAUCUAUAUUUGGUUUUAUAUUUUUUUCUAUUUAUUUUGGUUCUAUAUCCAUUGGUCCAUUACCUAUAACUAUUAAUAAAAUAAUAAUAAAUGAUACAAUAAAAAAUGCUAUAAAAUCAUUAGAAUAUUAUAGAAUAGUUACAAUACAAUAAAGAUUAUGUUCUUUUGUUUUCAUUGUGUUUUUUAUGAAUAUGAAUAUUAUUAAUAAGUAGUAUAGUUUAUGAAUAAAAUGUUCGCAGCAAAUAUGAAAUGGAUUAUAGAAAUGUUGUAUCUUUUCUUUUUGCCAUAUUAUACAUAUAUAUAUACAUAAACAUAGA